AUGCUAGGAGCGAUCCAUUUCGGAGUAUUAGCAGCUUGUUUCGUCCUCUUCGUCCCCAUGGCUAUGGCUGGUUGGCACCUAAGCAGACACAAGAUGCUCUUCUUCAGCGGCGCUCUUUUCAUCUCCCUCGCCGUCUGCGUCCACCUCACUCCUUACUUCCCUUCCGUCUCCGACAUCGUUGCCUCCGUCUCCUCCGUCGUCGUCUACGAUCACCGUGUCUCGUGCAUCAACGAGGUGAACCAGAUCGUCUGGGAUGUUAAGCCGAGACAGAACCGUGGGAACACAAACGGUUCGAAGGUUGAUAACUUUGAGAAGAAUUGGGAUUGGGUGAAAUCUAGGAAAGUUUUGGGAUGUGAGUUUCAGAAGUUGGAUAAGUUGGAUGUCUCUGAGUUGUUGAAUGGGUCUUGGGUUGUUGUUGCUGGGGACUCCCAGGCGAGGUUUGUGGCCUUGUCUUUGUUGAGUCUCGUGUUUGGUUCGGGUUCUGAAGAUAUGGGUUUGGUUAGAGAGGAGUUGUUUAAGAGGCAUAGUGAUUACAGUGUUGUGGUUAAGGAGAUUGGGAUGAAGUUGGACUUUGUGUGGGCUCCUUAUGAGAAAGAUCUUGAUGAUCUCGUUGUGUCGUAUAAGAAGAGGAACAAGUUUCCGGACGUUGUGAUUAUGGGGAGUGGGUUAUGGCAUAUGCUUCAUGUCAACAAUGCUUCUGAUUUUGGGUUUCAGUUGAAGGAGUUGAGGAGUCAUGUUGAGUCUCUAGUGCCCUUAAAGGGGCAAGAAGGAGCAGUUAGUAGAUCUACGCAUAUGUUUUGGAUAGGGAUGCCGGUUUUGAUUAAUGGGAUGUUGAAUAGUGAUGAGAAGAAGGAGAAGAUGAGUGAUACUGUGUGGCAUGAGUAUGAUAGAUCGUUAGGGGAGAGUAAGAUCUUGCGUCAGAUGGGUGGGCCGCUUAUUUUGCUUGAUGUUCAGUCUUUUACUUGGAACUGUGGACCGCAGUGUACACUUGAUGGGAUGCAUUAUGACUCUGCGGUGUAUGAUGCUGCUGUUCAUGUUAUGCUCAACGCUUUGCUUAUUGAAUCUCAUCAAACUUUAUGA